UGGAUUUAAAAUGUGAAUCGUAGAUCAAACUGUUUGUUGGUGCAGCUAAAUUCAACGAAUUUAUUAAUCUCAAACAUGAAAAAAUACUUAUCUUAUCGGGGGUAUUUCAAGUCUGAAAUUUGAAAACCACCUUGGACUAGCCCACAUAACUCUAACGACCUUGACUGUGGUUCGGUUAGUCUCUUUGACCUCUCGACCCCACUUUCACUGCAGCAUCCAUCUCUGAGAAAGUUAAAACACUUCCGGUGGUCCCUCUCAGGUGGGGAUAAGCUUCCCACAGCAACCGCCACACAUUUCCAUCAAGUCGUGGAACCACAACACCUCCGAUAAGACGAUGCAGAAUUUUCCCCUCUUUCAUAUUCAUUCGUUGAACGACUCAAGUGGACUUAUAAUUGGAAGUAGGUUAAAGAUGCGUUUACAAUGCGGGUAAUUAAUCCGUACAUCGGUGUCCGCGGUGCGACAAUGGCACAAUUAAGUGGCGAGUGACACAAUAACAUGAGCAUUUAUGUAAUGGCUGAAGUUGGGCGCUCCCCCGCAGUCAUGUGUUGUCGGCUCCUCGCGAUACCUCUGGUCCUGGUCGGCUCCUCUCUUGUCAGCGGGCAGCUCACGCACGCCAACCCGUUCACCGUCAAACCCAUCGAGAAUGUGGUGAAGGAGUUCGGAUACCCUAUAGAGAGACAUGACAUCACCACGGAAGACGGAUACAUUCUCACCUACCACAGGAUACCUCAUGGCAGGAACCACAGCAGUGAAGUCAGCAGGCAGAGCCGUCGAGUCGUACUCUUCAGCAACGGUAUCCUGCUCUCCUCAGCAGCCGCCCUCGCCUCCAGAGAUGACCUUGCAUACGGUCUGGCAGACGCUGAGUUCGACGUGUGGCUGGGAAACUACCGGGGAAACAUGUAUUCACGCCGCCACACCAUCCUGGAUCCUGACCGAGACAACCUGUUUUGGGAUUUCAGUUUGCACGAACUGGGCGCUAUGGACCUGGCCGCCAGUAUCGACUAUAUCCUCUCAGUGACGGGUCAGCAGAGACUGCUGUACACCGGCGCCUCCAUGGGCACCACGAUGUUCUGGGUGUUAGGAGCUACCAGACCGGAGUACAUGGAGAAGGUGGAGAGUAUGGUGGCCAUCGCCCCAGUGGCCAGGCCCUCCAACAGCUUCCUCGUGAACAACUGGGCCCGCUACUACGCACUUCACAGUGGCUUUACCACUCUCCAAGCCCUGAACUACCACGAGGUGUUCCCGUAUCGACAAAGUGCUGGGGCUAUCGUGUACUUCAUGUGUAACACGUUGUGGCUCAAGACUUUGUGUUCUCGUCUCCUCAACAUCUUCGGCCUCAUUACUGGCCAAGACUGGGAUAUGAACAGACUGUUAGAAGCUACAAAGUACGGCCCAGCUGGAAUAUCCACCAAAGUGGUUCUGCACUAUCUACAAAUCGCAAAAGCAAAAAAGUUCCAGCAAUAUGACUACGGGACGACAGAGAAUCAGCAAUAUUACCGGGCAUCCCAACCUCCUGAGUAUAACCUGAAGAACGUCACAUGCAAAGCCAUCUACUUCGUGUACAGCGACGCUGAUUUGAUUGCUGCCAAAAAGGACGUUGAGUGGUUAUCGGAGCAGCUACCCAAGAAACCUAAGAGAAUCCUACACAACGUCAACCACCUGGGCCACGUGGACCUGGCUCUAGACAAGAACGUUCCUCAGCUCUUAGUCAAACCAUUAAUUGAAUUUAUGAGAAACUUGCCUGAUUGAAUAAACUGUUCGACAAUA